AUGCGUACCGCUUUCAUCUUCGCAACUCUCGCCACCACCCUGGUGGCACUGAACCCUCAAGCUGAGGGCGAGGCCAACACCAACUCCCCCGAAAACCCCUCCCUGCAUGUCCCUCAGCGCGCUAGUUCACCCAUGGUCCGCGUCGGCGGAGACACCAACAAGCCCGAAACAGGAGUCUCGCACGACGCAAACACCCCCGAGACCAAGCCCGCCGCUGACAAAGACACAACCACGCACAUCGACAACAGCGGCGAGCGUCCCGAGGUAGUCAUGGACUCGAAGAAUCCGUCUACCGAGGAUUCAGACUCGGCCUCGGACAAGACCAAAGACGCGGAUGCAGACAAGAACAAGCACGCGGCGCAAGACAAAGAAGAAGCCGAAGAAGAGUCCCUCCCUCAAAUAGUCAACAAGUAUCUGCCGAACAUCGGCCACUUGCUGUUCCCUGAGACCAGCUCGAGUAGCGCCGUCCCGAGCCCCACGAUGGGCGCUGCGGCGGCCGCGUCGGCGAGUGGAAAACUAUUCCACUUCGACGACGCGAGUGCGGAUCAGCAGCAAUCGGGGGGGAAGAAGAGGGCCGUGGCGCCCCAGGCGGCGCCCGCGCCUGCCGUGACAGAGAACGUGCAAAUGAAAGGAGACGAGGCGGUUGUGUACCGCACGGUGACGAGCACCGAGACGGACUGUGCGUGCGCGAGCUCGGUGAACGGUGUAUUGGCCAAGGAGACGGGAGCGAGCGUUGUGGCUGCGCCGGUGCCAGUGCAUAGUUCGAACGCGGUCGUGGCGACAGAGAGUGCUGAGUCCAUGCCCAUGCCGAGUGCAGUGGAUCCGUUGGCUGCGACGCCAACUGCUGCGACACCCGUGCAUGCGGGUUUGACCGAGGAGAGCGCGGAGCCGAGUGCUCAUGGGGUGCGCACGGAGAUGACCUCGGGGUCGGUGCUCGUGCACAGCGUCUCGACGCCGGCGGUCCGAUCGAUGACUCGCACGGUGGUCGCCUCGGCGAUUCCCACGCCUGGUGCGUCGCACAGUGCGUUCGUCGGCGAGGUGGCUUCGUCGUCUGAGGCGGCGAUGCCGACGGGCGUGGAUCCUCAGCGGAACAGCAAGGAUGAUCAGCUGUUCACUGGUGGUGCGGCGUGGACGGGCCCCCGCGAGAUGGUUGUGAUGGGGGUGACUGGGUUCUUGGCUGUGAUGUUGAUGCUGUAA